AUGUGGAGAAAAAAUGAGAUAACUUUCUCUGGAGACGAGUAUUGGGAUGAGUGGGAAAGAGAUAUGUGUGAUAAUCCAGAUAAGGAUGAGACUUGGAGAUAUUGGGAUUCCUUGUGCUUUCGCAAGUUUCAAAACUUUGAAGAAGUCCGUAUUGAAGUUUUGUCAUGGUCUCCUCCUCUUGUCAUCUAUCGCAAUUUCUUCACAAAGAAACAAGUCGAAAGUUAUCUUCAACUUCUCAAAAUACAAAGUUUGGAAGAACAGGAAGUGGUUGACGAAAAAGGAAAACCUUUCAUUUCGAAAGUCCGUGUAGCUAAUGGAACUGUGACUCCAUUCGAUCAAUACCCCGAAGCAGAAAGUCUCCUCAAUACAGCAUCCAGACUGAUUCCAGCAAUCGACUUUUCGAUUUCUGAAGACAUUUCUGCGCUCUCUUACAACCCAGGUGGACACUACGCUGUACAUUAUGACUACUUGGAAUACGAGGAGGGAAGUGAUGAUGAAUUCAUGAAUGAAUUCGGGAAUAGAAUGGCGACCUUCAUAAUGGUUUUCAAAAAAGCAACAUCUGGUGGUGGAACUCUGUUCCCAUCUUUUGGUACGGUAGUCAGAGCUGAUGCUGGUGACGCUUUUCUUUGGUUUGAUAGCAAAGAAAAUGGAGAGAUGGAUAUGAACGUUGAGCACGGAGGAUGUCCAGUUUACGAUGGACAAAAAGUGAUUUCCACUAUAUGGGUGAGAAGCUAUGGACAACGACUUUUUCAAGAACACAAUCGAAAUCGUUCUUUUGAUGCGGAUGUUUUGCUUCGGUCUUAUUAA